AUGGAGCAGGACGGCGUGGCGGGCAGCGCGGCCGAUGCCGGGGGGGCUGGGAGCACGGCCCCCCCCGGAGCAGAGGCCAGCACAACCCCGCGUGCCCCCCCAGACGCAGAGCCCGCAGAGGGGAAGGGGCCGGCUGCUGCCCAGGCUCAGGGUGCAGGGCAGGAAGAGCCCGGGAAGGAGAAGGCUGCGGCUGCUGAGGCUCGGGAUGCGGGGAGAAAGGAGCCUGCCAAGGAGGAGCCCAAGGGAGGGGAGGCAGAGCCCUCGGAGAAGGGCCCGGCUGCUGCUGGGGCUCGGGACGGAGGAAAGGAAGAGCCCGUGAAGGGGAAAGCCCUGCCUGAGGGAGAGCCCCAAGGAGGAACGGCAGAGCCCGCAGAGGGGAAGGUGCCGGCUGCUGCCCAGGCUCGGGGUGCAGGGAAGGGAGAGCCCCCCAAGAAGGCUGAGGCUGCAGCAGAGCCCCAGGCAGGGAAUGCAGCACAACCUGCACAGGAGAAGGGCCCGGCUGGAGCAGGGGCUCAGGAUGGAGGCAAGGAAGAGCCCACGGAGAAAGCCGGAGGUGUUCCAGAGGCUGAGGGCGGAGGAAAAACAGAGCCCACGGAAGGGAAGGCUCCAGCUGCGGUGGAGGCUGAAGGAGGGAAGGCAGAGCCCGCAGAGGGGACAGCACAGGCUCGGGAUGGAGCGGGGGAAGAGCCUGUGAAGGAGAAGGCGCCCGCUGCUGCAAAGGCUCAGGAGGGAGGGAAGAAAGCUGCAAAGGCAGAGAAGACCCCAGCUGCAAAAAAGCCUGCAAAGGAGAAGGCCCCUGCUGCUGUAAAGGAUGGAGGCAAAGAAGCUCCUGUGAAGGAGAAAGCCACAGCAGCUCCCGCAAAGGUGGAAAAAAGUGCAGCUGUGACAAAGGCUCAGGAUGGAGGCAAAGGAGAGCCUCCGAAAGAAGGAGCCACAGCUGCUGCGAAGGAGGAAGCCACAGCAGCUGCUGAAAAGGCCCCAGCAACAGCAACGGCCCAGGAUGGGGGCAAGGAGCCCACGAAAGAGGAGGCCCCAGCCGCUGCAGAGGCUCAGCCUGAAGGGGAGAAAGCGGCCGGUGCGGAGGUGACGAGCAAGCAGCAGCCACCGAGGGGCCCCGAGCCCGCGCGCCCGGCUCUGCUGCAGAGCCUGAGCUGCCCAGCCGCCUGCCAAAGGGAGGAGCGGCCCGGGGCGGAGGUGGCUGCGAUGGAGAUGAUACCGGAGGAGACCGCGGUGGCAGCAGCAACAGAAGGUCUGGUGGAGCCCGCCCUGGCCCAGGGGGACCUGCGGCCCCCCAAGCAGCCUGACCCCGCGGGCAGCGCUGGCAUCCCGCAGGAGAGGACAUUGCCCGGUGCCGCAGGGCAGCCCCAGCCCGCUUCGGAGCCUCCCGGCGACGCGGAGCAGCCUGGCCCCGGUGCCGCGGGGCAGCCGUCCUCGACGGAGGGAGAGCCACCCCCCAGCCCCUACCUCACCCCCGAUUUUGGGAAGGAAGACCCUUUUGAGAUACUGGACGACGUCCCCCCGCCGCCCGCGCCCUUUGCGCACCGCAUCGUCACGCUGCGGUCGGCCAGCGUCAGCUCCCAGUUCAGCCUCAGCUCCAAGGAGAUCCUGGGGGGGGGCAAGUUUGGCGAAGUCCACACGUGCACCGAGAAGCAGACGGGGCUCAAGCUGGCUGCCAAAGUCAUCAAGAAGCAGGGCGCCAAGGACAAGGAGAUGGUGCUGCUGGAGAUCGACGUGAUGAACCAGCUGAACCACCGGAACCUCAUCCAGCUCUACGACGCCAUCGAGACGCCCCGGGAGAUCAUCCUCUUCAUGGAGUUCAUUGAGGGCGGCGAGCUCUUCGAGCGGAUCGUCGACGACGACUACCACCUGACGGAGGUGGACUGCAUGGUGUUCGUCCGGCAGAUCUGCGAGGGCAUCCGCUUCAUGCACCACAUGCGCGUCCUCCACCUCGACCUCAAGCCCGAGAACAUCCUCUGCGUCGCUGCCACCGGGCACAUGGUGAAGAUCAUCGACUUCGGGCUGGCUCGAAGGUACAACCCCCAGGAGAAGCUGAAAGUGAACUUUGGCACCCCCGAGUUCCUCUCCCCCGAGGUGGUCAACUACGAGCAGGUCUCCUACUCCACGGACAUGUGGAGCAUGGGCGUCAUCACCUACAUGCUCCUCAGCGGCCUCUCCCCCUUCUUGGGCGACAACGACACCGAGACGCUGAACAACGUCCUGGCUGCCAACUGGUACUUCGACGAGGAGACCUUCGAGGGCAUCUCCGACGAGGCCAAGGACUUCGUCUCAAACCUCAUCAUCAAAGAGAAAAGCGGCCGGAUGAGCGCAGGGCAGUGCCUGAAGCAUCCCUGGCUCAACAACCUGGCAGAGAAGGCGAAGCGCUGCAACCGCCGCCUCAAGUCCCAGGUGCUGCUCAAGAAAUACGUCAUGCGGCGGCGCUGGAAGAAAAACUUCAUUGGGGUGUGUGCUGCCAACCGGUUCAAGAAGAUCACCAGCUCGGGGUCGCUGACGGCGCUGGGCGUCUGA